AUGGAGGUCAACAUGGAAAAUUUCUGGCAGCAGCUGCCGAGAAUAUUAAUCUCCAUCGCGGAAUCGAACUUCGUCGCCAUCGACGUCGAAAUGACCGGCAUCACCGACAAUCUGGCCGACGUGGCCCGGAAGCAAAACAAUCAUACGCGGCAGGGCCUCUACGAGGCCGGCAAGCGGAUCGCGUCCACCUACAACCUUUUCCAGCUCGGCCUCACCUGCGUUAAGUCCGACGGGGACGAUUCGUACAAGACGGAGACCUACAGCUUCUACGUCAGCCCCCUGCUGCUCGAGGACACCAGGGAAGACGACUUCUUCGCGCAGGACGUCGGCAGGAACCUGACGACGUCGCUCAGCACGCUCAAGUUCAUGAGGCGGGAGGGUCUCCAGCUGGAGAAGAUCCUCGACGACCCCGUGCCGUACCUCAGCCGCAAGGAGGUCCGCGAGGCGGAGGAGCGCCUGGAACGCCGGACGCAGAGGCAGCCGUUGAAGGAUCAUCCGUACAACGAGGACGACGAGGGGCUCACGUUCUUCAGCGCGUACGUGUUUGACGAGAUCACGACGUGGUUGGGUGAUCGUAGCGAGAAUAAAGAUCCAGAGAUCAAGAUUCGCAUUCCGCCCUCGGAAAGCAAGAAGCGGAGCAGCGUGUACCACAAGAUUGUUCGGGUGACUGCCAGAAACCUAGCUCCGCACAUGAAGUGUCGCACGUGGGAUUACGGAGCUACGGUAGUCAUUUAUAUGGACAAUUCCGACGAGGAUUGCGAGAAAGAAGAGCUUAUUCGAAAGCGUUUCGAUGAUUCGCUGAGAAAGCAAACAGGCAUCCGCUUGAUUAUCGAGGCACUCGCCGGAGGGCGUUUCGCCGGUAUUAUCGACCCGAGUAGUAUUGUCGACGCGCUGCGUUCAUGGCCGGGCGGCAUGACCGUGCAGGACUUCUGCAAAGAAGUCGAGGACAAAUUCGGUUUCAGCGCCUAUAGGAAACUGCCUCGACAGUCUGAACAGCCCUCUGAACAUGGUCGACCACCCGCGGAUAACAACAACUCUGGCUCAUCCGACUGGACGCCCGGAGAUGACAGUUCGAAGGAAGAGCUACUGGAGGGUUCAAUGACACCUGAGGGGCUACACGACGGCUGGGCUACGACAGACGACGAAUGGGCUACAUCAAGUCGACGAAAAGUGACUAACGACUGGGCCACGGCAGAUGACGGAUGGGUCACAUCCAGUAACGGCUGGGCUACCGCGGACAACGAAUGGGCGAGAUCGAAUAAUGACCGGAACAUACGAAGCAUGCAGAGUCCCGCCAGCCUUGGCGCUUCCUGGGAAGAACCCGCCGGGUAUAACGAAUCGGACCAUUCAGUCGACGAAGAGUCAGAAGAAGCGCUGGUUUCGAUGGUUGCAACCGCCCUCUGUAGCCUUGAAAGGCGUCUCGAAUCGACACGUCCACCUAUCGUCGGGCACAACCAGUUAUGGGAUCUGUUGUUUCUCUACCAGACGUUCAUUGACGACCUUCCCGACUCUUCGGGUGAGUUCUUUGCCAAUAUCCAUGAGUUGUUCCCCUUCAUCCUGGACACCAAGAUCAUGGCAAUCAGCCAUCAGCCGAUCGAAGGGGAAGAUCCGUUGGCGGACCUGUUCAACAGAUUCACGGUCAACAACGCAAAGCCGUACAUUUCCUGGGACCCGUCGUAUGGAUACAGCCGGAAGGGCAACGUCCAUGAGGCUGGCUAUGACAGCUACAUGACCGCUACUGUCCUCCUGCGUCUCGGCCACAAACUGGCUCGUGAAAGCGAAGCGGGCGGUGCUGACCAGCGCGAGACCUGGGACGAGAAGAUGCGGCGCCUGUACAGCAAGGGCUGGCUGAUAGCUAUCGGUCGUGACCCCGACUGUUUCGGACCAGAUACAGAGCCGGGUUUUGGCACAUUGGCAUCCUACUACUCGGACGACGAUGACGAUGACGAUGUUGGGUCUCUCCACUGGAACCAUCCCGUGUUCGAGGAAUUUCACAACACUCUCCGCAUAGGCCCCUCCACGACCGUCUUCCUUGAGAGACAAUGGGCCGCUGACCGAGCUUUUCGGGGCCGCCUACCGCGUUUGAAGGACAGCGACGGGGAGGGUCUGGACUCUUGA